GCAGAAAAGAGGAACUCACAAGCACAAUACACUAGUGCAUCAAUACAUUUGAGGAAUCCCAAUAAUAUUUAACUUCAUUAGUAUUGGCAUUAUAACAUUUAUUACCAUAUAAUGGGUUUGCAUAAGACUUAUUUCCUCAACAAUUACAGAGUAUAAUAGGCUCUAAACAAAUGGAAAUUUUUAUUUCUAGCUUUUGAAAAGGACACUGCGAUAUGAAGUUGUUAAUAUGCUGCAAGACCUUGCGAUUACAUCUGUGUAUAUGACAACUGUAUGGCUACUGCAAGUAGUCCACAUUAUCAUACAACGUCUUGAUUUCCAGUAACACAAUCUAGGACAAAAACAGUGGAACAACGAGUGAUUUUAAAUCUUUUUAUCUGGAAAAAUAAAGCAUAUAUACACAUGAACAUACAUUCACUUCAGUAUAAGAAAAAAACAUGUGAAGCUGAUGAAAUCGACACCGUAUUUCUACCUCGAAUAUCUACAGAGAGAAAUCAGAUAGUGGGUAUGUGUUCACAUGGGAAUUCUUCUUAUUACUGAUAAUAAUAAUAACAAUAGUAAAACUGCCUAUUAUCAAAUUUACCACACUAUAUUAACUGUGAUACUCAAAUGACAACAACUACAGACAAAAAGUAGAGUAUAUAAGACCAUCAAGUCACUAAGAAUUAAUCGCAGAAAUUUGCUGUAAAUGUUUGUGUUCACAUGUCGCUUUCUGCAUUUAUACAUAGUAUGAUGUAAUCUGAAGUGUUGAGCUCACAUGAUGUAAUAUUAAACGCAUCACAUAGUUUAUCACUAUUGGUAAAUAUUACCGUGACUGUGUGUAAAUAAAUGUGUUAAUUACGUCUCUCUCUCCUUUUUUUCUGGUUCAAUAUUCAACUUACCACACGCUUAAACAAAAAACAUUGGAAAAUAAACAGUAAUUUUAUACACAUUAAUUGAUCUUUGCCAGAAUGAUAUAAAACUGAUCAGAUUCCAGUUGAAAAGUGAGCUUGCAUUAGAAUAUCUUAAUACAUAAACUACAACUGUCUGUAGAGCUAAAAAUAACUGCACAGAUGAAAUGUCACUUUCCUAUCCAAAUUCCAAUGAUAAUCUUAAUAAAUCUGGUGGAAUUUAUGAAUACAGAAGCAUAGAUCGUAAAACACGCCAAGUUUUAUUUUUUGAAUGUGAUUUAAGCUGCAUUAAACAAACCUUUUUAAAAAGAAGUGAAAAAUUCACCGAACAACGUGCAAAUCAUCUACUUGAAAAAUACAUUCAAAAGCAUAGAAAAACAAGAUGCACAGCGUAUUUCUUGAUCGAUCGGAUACGUUUCCAACGCAGAAGACCAAUUGACAUAAGACCAUUUCGUAAAGAAGUGAUUUACCGGGAAAUUAAGCACUUUUUUGUAUUUCCAAAUUAUCCUGAAGUAUUUAUGAUAUGUAUUGUGGACGAGAACAAGAACAAACGUUCAUAUGAAUCUUUUGAAUGUACUAGUAGUGAUAUCGUAAGUACUGUAUGCGGAUUAACCUAUAAGGCGUCUAUAGAUACACAUAAUAUUUUGCGUGAUACACUUUCAAUAAGACAGAUAUCUAUAUCAUCAAGAUCUUCAAUAGCCGACCAUAAUUCCAUACAAGAAUUGGAUGAUUCAGCAUUCAACAGUUCUGUCAGUGUGGCAUAUGCAAAUGAAAGCACGGCUCUAGAUUUUGUUCGAUCAAGUGAAGGUAUUUCUAGUGAUCAUAAUGGCGACAAUGUGAAAAAUGAUCCUAUCUAUUUUGAUAAUGAUGGAAAUGAUGACUACGCUGAGGGUCAUGAAGAAAUUGAUCAGGUAUUAUCUUCAGAGUUAAACAGCAAUUAUGAAAGGAAGCAGCCAAAAAUAAAGGAAUUAAAAAGCCCAUUGAAUAUCUCAUCAGAAUCAGUUAAACGAUCAUCAAUAUAUAGCCCGAAAAGAAUAUGUUCGCAACUGGAUUCAUCCUAUACACUGUGUUCAAAUGAAAAUUCAUUCGCUUCAAGACAAAUGAGCGCUACCAAAAAUAAUGCCAUUUAUGAUUAUUCUGUACAUAAGACACCACCAGUUUGUACCAAGAAUAAAGUGACGCACCUAAAUUUACCAGGCGAUAAAGCUAAACAUUCCAAACAAAGGCUAAGUAAUUUUAUGCCUUUAUCAUCUACAUCUUCAGAAGACUACGACUUCAACGAAAAACACGACAUGUCACCAAUGCAUCGAAAUAAAAAUUCAGUAAUAAGCACUUCCAGAAGACGAUCCCUUUUUCCCAAUCCAGAUUUGAACCAGUCGUCUAUGUAUGAUACGUGUAUACGGAAAAAAACAGUUACAAUCGCUCAGUCGAAUAACAUUUUCCGUUACAACAGUGAUGUGAACCUUUUCCAAGAUGAUGCAGCCUUAAGGGAUGACGAAAACGACAACAAUGUGCUCCGCAAAUCGAAGUCAUAUUUGGAUAUACGAUCUGGUGACGUGACAUAUUUAGGCUUUGAUCCAGUCGUUGGUAUACGGAUAAAUAAUAAAGGCCCUUUAUACAUGUAUAUGGCACGAUACGAUGGUGAUCGAUUAACUCCACCUUGUAACUGUUCAGAUUUAAAACAUUUUACACUCAAAUAA